CUGGUAACGAUCAUUGGGAGAUUCAUCAUGUUCCAAUUGAGAACGAAAAACAACAACAUCAGCCUUAGGGACGACACCCAAUUGGUUGGAACGGGGCCUGCACCAAUGCGGUCGGGUGAGCGUUGGACAUUGGCGCAUUUAGUGGUUGUUGUCAAUCGUCACAACGGAUCGGGCUCUAUACCUCAUUGGAAGAUAUGCGACGCCAAAAAGGAGACUAAGGACGACAAGCAACAUGAUGUGCACGGAAAGGAACGACAAGGAAAUGAGCACGAUGAUCAAUCGUUGACAAACAUAGAGAGAGAGGGAAAGAAAGUGAUAUGCACGUACACAGACACACACACACACACACACACAGAGGAAGAAAAUGUUGGGGAAAAGAAGUCGAUCAGGGCGGAGAGGGUAGGGAUGAGGAAGGGAUGGGGAAGGGGAGGGGGUGGCCGUGACUGCGACUGCGACCGUGACCAUGAUCAGUCGACGCCAAAAAGUCUACCAUGCAAUCUGUAA